AUGCAAGUCCUUGAGGAAGUAAGAUUCGAGUGCUCUCGAAGACACAUUCACAAAGUAGCAGAGACUUACGGUGCUUACUGCUUUCGUGGCUGUCCUGACUAUUGUAGUUGUUAUGAGCAUACCACCGAAAGAGGUCGCAAAAUCCAACAGCUUGCAAGGCGCGACAGGAAAGUGUCCGAAAGGGAAAUGAGAGUGUCUGAGAGGGAAAUGAAAGUAAUUGAAGAGGAAGAUCGACUUGCUAAUAUGAGCAAGUAUCUCGAAGGUCGGAACAGUGUGAUAUCAUUAAGAGAGGGUUUACUUGAAAGAGCAGAAGAAGAAUUCGAGAGGAAGAAAAACGAGCUUCUUGCGUCUAGAAAAUGGUCCGAACAGAUCCAAGUUUGGUCUGAAAAUACAUCGAAGUGUGCUCAAGACGGCUCAUCGUAUGGUUCGUAUGGAAGAAAGCAUUAUUCUGACAGUAACGGUUCACUUCAACCAUCCCGUGCGCUGGAUUCGGGAGAGAGACCACAUCGUCGUCGUUCAUCACACAGUGACCGUCCAAUGCCACCGCAUGAUGCGCCAAAUCGUCCCAGGAGGUCUAGUUCUGCCAGUCAUCAUCAUCGUCAAGAUUUGAUUCAACCAGCUAUACGGAUAACACCUCCGGACCCUGAUAUACACUCAAUUCCGAGUGACCGGGUACUCAUUAUGAGUAUUAGACCCCAAUCAAUAAGGCUCACUCCCCACAGUGACCGCAUUAUUCUAAUCCACUUGGACAAUGUUUUCAGGUUUACACUUUUUGGAGGAAGAUAUGAGGGAUAUGAGGGAUAUGAUAUCAGAGCUUUGCGAUUCAUGUAUUGA